AUUUAAUUCAAUUUAUUAUAACAUAACCUCAAAGUUAAAAGUAAUUCUUUAUAAAAUGGUUAAAAUUGAAAUUAAAGCGAAAUCAAAUCAGGAAUUUUUGAAUAAUUAACUUAAAUCCCACUUAAGAUUAUCUGGAAAACAUCAAAAUGGUAUCAGAUCCUUUUGUAUUCGCUUUGGCUCUAAUAAACACCGGAGCUUUAUUAUUCCUGUGGAUUUAUUAUAUCAUAACAAUAUCAGAUUUAGAAUGUGAUUAUUUAAACGCACAACAAUGUUGUUCAAAAUUAAACUUUUGGGUCACACCAAAAUUGUGUUUUCAUUCGGGAAUGGUUUUCCUCCUUCUCAUCACUGGUCAUUGGAUUCUAGUCAUUUUUAAUAUGCCUUUAACGGCGCACAUGAUUUACGAAAUAAUGAAAGUCCCCAAAGGUAACAUUGGUGUUUAUGAACCAACGGAAAUCUAUUUUCAUGGAAGAAUUAAAAGAUAUAUGAGAGAUUGCAUGAUCAAUUUGGGUUAUUAUUUAGUAUUGUUUUUUACAUAUUUAUACAGUAUGAUUACAGCUAUUUUGAAUGAAAAUCCUAUUAUAAAGGAUGAUGAUGCAAAUAUUGAAUUUUGAAUUAAAAUUUAAUGUGUAUUUAUUAUUGUGUGUGAUGUUAUUAAAUAAAGAUUUAUGAUUUAA